AUGUCGUUCAGCCAUCCCCGUCGCACUACAAAGAUCUCAUCGACUGCUCCCUCUCCCACCUCCGCCUCCUCCUCCUCCUCCUCCUCCUCCUCCUCCUCAAGUGCGUCCGGCCGUCUCGCUGUGAAUACCACCAACAUGUUGCUCCGCAAGGGGGCCACCUUCCACUCUCCCACCCCCACCCACCCCGAACUGGAACUCCCGUAUCACUUCAGGGCCCCCGCCCUGCCCCGCCGCUCGCAGACCACGCUCGAGGAUGUGGUCGACGCCCACAAACGUCGAGUCGCCUUAACUCUGGGAGACAUCGACCGCGGACUCGCAGCUGUGGAAGAUCCGGUCACGGCCAGACAAUCAUUCCCCGACGAGGCCAAUCCCGUCCCCCAGGGAUUCCUCGAUCACACCGUCGGGACGCCAGCUACCCAACCCCACGGUCCCACGAUGGCGGGCGUGAUGGACCAGGAGCCUGCCGCGAGCCGACGCUCCUCGCGCCUGCGCCGUGAGCGCCACCCUUCGACAUACUCAGACAGCGGUCUGGGAUCCUCGAUCGGCUCCACCUCCGGGAAGAAGGCGACGGCCACACAGCCAACCAGUGUCGCCGAAGAGGAGCCCGCCAGGUCCCUCGUCACCGCGUCGGCUAUAACUAGAUCGCCCGCGGCCCACUCUUCCACCAUCCAAAACCUCCCCCGGCUCAGUGGUCGUGCAAGCAACCGGAUCCACGAGCACAUUCUGCGGCCGCUCCUCGCCAAGCCGUCCCUGCAGGACUUCUACCCCCUGGUUAAGGAUUGCCCCAGAAGGAUCCAUAGUAAGGAGAUCGUCUGUCUUCGUGAUCUCGAGAAGACGCUGAUCUUCAUGGCACCCGUAAGUGAAACCCAUCCCGAUGUGGUCAGGGGACUUGCUCACUGGUUUUCGCGUCGGAAGGAGAGAGCCAAGACGGCCGCCUUGUAUCUCGACUUCUGCCUCACGUCUAUCCGGUGCAUCCAAGCGACGGUCGAAUCUCUCAGCGAUCGCGAGCAAACCCGUCCACACGACCGCCCGUACACGAACGGAUACUUUGUCGAUCUCGUCGACCAGAUUAAGCAAUACGCCCAGCAGGUCCAGGCCGCCAAAGAGAGGGAAGAGAAGGGGGAGAAGAUGGGCGAGAUGGACCCUGAAACAACGGACCAGAUCCUCCUCCACGGAGGUCUCACCAAGAACGGACGUCCCGCCGAGCUGGUGCGACUCAAGAAGAACGGGAAAGCGAUCUCCAUCGCGACAGGCCUCCCCGUCGACAUGGCGGAGGACAGUAAGGACAUGCGGUUCAAGCGCUCCUUGAGUGAGGAGGCGGAGGAAGACGAGUCGAUCUUGCGCUCGAUGGCCCGCCGCAAACGAUCUGCGUCGGCGGCCGAGCUCGCCCCCAAACGCUGCCGUGAACCUGGAUGUGACAAGGAAUUCAAGCGCCCCUGCGAUCUGACCAAGCACGAGAAGACCCACUCGCGCCCGUGGAAGUGCCCGGUUGAGUCGUGCAAGUAUCACGAGUAUGGCUGGCCCACCGAGAAGGAGAUGGAUCGACAUCACAACGACAAGCACUCGUCUGCGCCGCCGAUGUACGAGUGCCAUUUCAAGCCGUGCCCAUACCGCUCCAAGCGGGAAUCCAACUGCAAGCAGCACAUGGAGAAGGCCCACGGCUGGACCUACGUCCGAUCCAAGAACAAUCGGAAGAACCGCGACAAGGCUUCUGGGAGCAGCAGCAUCGCCCACACCCACACUGGCCUGCCUACUCCCACCAUGACCAACAUGCACACCCCCAGCAGCGACGAAGUCAACAUGGCUACUCCCGACGAGGAGGUUCCGGAGCCGGGUCGCCCACGCUCGAGCUCGGGACGCUCGGGACGCUCGGCCUGGGGAUCGAACGGCGACAUGGGAUUCCCCAUCUACCCAUCCGACGAAGAGAUGUUCGGCCCAGGCAUCGCCCUGACUCUGGACCACUCCCCGAUCUCCGCGGCCUUGACCUUGCACAGUCGCUCCGCCAACGGCCAAUCGCCAUUCAUGGGCAGCGAGCUUCCUCGAGACCAACUGGGAGGUAACUUGGACAACUUCUCGAACGAUGGUGGGAAUGGAGACUUUGGCAUCUACGAGCCGGAAGACCUCUACUCCGCCAACGUCCAACUGCCUACUCCUUCUCACGAUGUCUUCAACACCUUCCACGACAUGGGUUUCGAGACCUCUGGCAUGACGUAUUGUGGUGACUCGCUGGCACACAUCUCUCCUGUUGGCCACGGCAACACCAUGCUCUACACCCCCACCUCUCUAGGCGACGUCGAUGAAGGCUUUGAGGAUUUCGUUCCCAACAUGAACUGCAGCCUCGGCCACGACUUUCAGCUGUAUCCCUGCUCGGACGGUGGUACACUCGCCAACACCGGCCCCAGCGCCAUGUUUGAGGAACUUCCCAACCCCAUGCACCACUUCGCUGGCCCUUCAGCCCAACAACUUGUGGAACGUUACGCGGUAGGCACGUCCGCAGUCACGGGCCAGCAACACCACAUGACUGGCAUGGACUGGGCUUUGGACGAUCAAUUCAACAAUGGGUACCAGUAG